GCGGGCAGGUGCGGAGGGAGCAGAGGAGACCACGGCCAAGGGUAGAAGCAAGUCCUGCGGGGAGAGAGGCUCUGCUGCUCCAGCUGCUGCCUUGGCCGCCGCCGCCACCGAGCCGGCGUCCAGAGAGCGGGGCUGGCAGGCCCGGCGCCAAGAGGAGGGGAGCGAGGGGCGCGCUCAUGGAGCACACGCACGCCCACCUCGUAGCCAACAGCUCGCUGUCCUGGUCCCCCGGCUCCGCCUGCGGCUUGGGCUUCGUGCCCAUAGUCUACUACAGCCUCUUGCUGUGCCUCGGUUUACCAGCAAAUAUCCUCACGGUGAUCAUCCUCUCGCAGCUGGUGGCCAGGAGGCAGAAAUCCUCCUACAACUAUCUCUUGGCCCUGGCUGCCGCGGACAUCCUGGUCCUCUUUUUCAUCGUGUUCGUGGACUUCCUCCUGGAAGAUUUCAUCCUGAACGUGCAGAUGCCUCGGGUGCCGGACAAGAUCAUAGAAGUGCUGGAAUUCUCGUCCAUCCACACGUCCAUCUGGAUCACUGUUCCAUUAACCAUCGACCGGUACAUCGCCGUGUGCCACCCCCUCAAGUACCACACUGUGUCCUACCCAGCCCGCACCCGCAAGGUCAUCGUGAGUGUGUACCUCACCUGCUUCCUGACCAGCAUCCCCUACUACUGGUGGCCCAACAUCUGGACGGAAGACUACAGCAGCACCUCGGUGCACCACGUCCUCAUCUGGGUCCACUGCUUCACCGUGUACCUGGUGCCCUGCUGCAUCUUCUUCAUCUUGAACUCGGUCAUUGUGUACAAGCUCCGGCGGAAGAGCCAUUUUCGCCUCCGCGGCUACUCCACCGGGAGGACCACUGCCAUCCUGUUCAGCAUCACCUCCAUCUUCGCCACCCUCUGGGCGCCGCGCAUCGUCAUGAUCCUCUACCACCUCUACGGGGCGCCCAUCCAGAACCGCUGGCUGGUGCACGUGGUGUCCGACGUUGCCAACAUGCUGGCCCUCCUCAACACGGCCAUCAACUUCUUCCUCUACUGCUUCAUCAGCAAGCGGUUCCGCUCCAUGGCCGCCGCCACCCUCAAGGCCUUCAUCAAGUGUCAGAAGCAACCGGCCCAGUUCUACACCCACCAUAACUUUUCCAUAACCAGUAGCCCCUGGAUCUCGCCGGCCAACUCACACUGUAUCAAGAUGCUGGUGUACCAGUAUGACAAAAACGGAAAGCCUAUAAAAGUCUCCCCUUGACCCCGGAGGCGGGGAGGGCACCUCGUGCCUCUGCCUAAUCCCUUUCCUGAUGGGGAAGUGGUGGCCCAUCCGGGGGCUGAUCGGCUCUCUGGGCGAGCGGCAACCUGAUUUCCCGUCUCCACGGACUGAGCAACUCUCAGACAGGUCGAUGAGAAAAGGUGGAGGAGAGGAAAGAAAAGCAUGAAUCUUGUUUUCGUUUCUGCCUUUUUUUUUUUUCUCCCCCCAAGUCCUGGGGACAGUAAAAGUUCCUUCCCGAUUUGAAGAGGCCAUCGGAGGGGGUGUCUUAAGAGCCUAUGACUUCACCGCGGCAUCAUCCACAGUCACUGGCAACUGCUCAUUUAAGUGACCCACCAGCCACACUAGCCGGUUGCUGAACCCACACUCUUCUUCCAAGAGCCGAGGUCAUCCCUCGGGUCCCCGGGCUGUUUCCAGCAGCCAACAAUUCUGACCAGUUGGGGGAUUUUCCAAGGUGCCCUUUGUCCCACUGAAGGUUUUGGUCUUGAAGGGACCCUGGCACCCUCUCUGCAGAGUGACAUUGUGGGGACGGGGCGGGGAGGAUGGAAUCUUGCUCGAACUCCUGCCCAGAACUUCUGUGGAAAGACUCCAAACCAAUGGAAGGAUGAGCCUCAGACCUCAGGGGUGGGGGGUGAGGGGUCUGCAGCCUUUCUAUUCACCAUUAUGUAUAGAUUUUAUCUAGCGCCUCCAAAACAAAGACCCUGCCUGGGGUGUCAGGGGUGGGGUGGGGAAGGAGGAUUUCUUGAGCCCAGAAAAACAAAACACACAAAAAUAAGCCCAGUCUUGCCAUUGUUUCAACAUAUCCCCGUGUCAGCUGCGUAUCAUCUCUUUACUCAGAGUCACAUCAUGCGGUGGUGCCACGCAAGCUUCCUGGAGAAGCCUUUGCCAGCCUGCCUUCUUGCUUGCUGAAACCCUUCACCCAACUGUUUUCCUUGAAGUGACUUCCGAACCGGAUUUCUCGUCUGAGGGUCAGGAACCGUAGCUUUCCAGGGGCGAAGGGAGCCAUUGUCGGCUCUGCCCCACCGUCCAGCUGGCAGUGCCAUUCGGCCACAAAUGGCGAUGGCAAGGUGCCCAUGCGAUCUGCAUGUCUGCCCUGGCAUGCACAUGGCUCAAAAGGGAGGUGCCAGUUUUCAGUGAUGCUAUUUAACCCAGAUCCCUUGCAAAAUAAUGAAAUAGGAAUGUGUUUAUUUAUUCGCCCCUUGCCUGUCCAAGGCAAGAACACUUCUAAGAUGUAACUAAUAGAGGCUUCCCUGGGAGUCACCACUCCUGUGUGCCCCCACUAAUGCAUACACAGACUUCAUUAUCUUAGGCUCCUAGGUACCAGGGAUGUGUUUUGAAAGCAAAAUCCAUGCUGGAGGUUUUCUCAGUUUGUCGUGUGUGUGUGUGUGUGUGUGUGUGUGUGUGUGUGUGUGUGUGUGUCUUCUUAGGCCCACACACAUGGUAUAUGGAGGUUCCCAGGCUAGGGGUCUCAUCGGAGCUUUGGCUGCCGGCCUACACCACAGCCACAGCAAUGCCAGAUCUGAGCCAUGUCUGCCACCUACACCACAGCUCACGGCCACGCCGGAUUCCUAACCCCUGAGCAAGACCAAGGAUCAAACCUGCGUUCUCAUGGAUGUUACUCAGAUGCAUUAUUGCCAAGCCAUGACAGGAACUCCUCAGUUUGUCUUUAAAAAAAAAAAAAAAAAACUCUCCCAGAUUCCCAGUAUCUGAAGUGUAUCCCUGUUCUGACGAGUCUUCCAAGGUGAUUUUGGAAUUGUAUGAUAUUCAGGGGGACCCAACCAAAAGCAGACAGUCCCCUGGAAUUACGGGUUCCUCAGACUGGAUUUUUAUGGCAUUGUUGCCCCUGAAUUGAAAGAAGGUCUACCCUUUUGAAGGAAACUUGCAAUAAAUGAGCAGGGUAGAAAAAGCUCUGAUGCCAUACAAUCCCUAAACUUCAGCCGAGGCCCCCACACUAAUUCAGUGUCCCCUUAAGGUCACUUUCAUCCUGAGGGUUCUGAUUCCUCCUCCUUUGCAAUGACUGCAUGAGAGCCGCGUCUUACCCCAAAACGCGUUCUGAAGUCAGUGCAAGUGGAGAAAGGCAGAGCCAGUUACCUCUGCAAAGUUCUCGGGGAGAAGCCGUGGUCGAGACCACAUCCUAUCCCUUAAAAAACACCUAACUUGGCUAAGCUUCUUCCCCCACGCUGGAACAGGUUUGCUGCUUCUCCCACUGAGGACAAGACAGAGGUGGCUGGCACUGGGGGACCGUAUCGUGUGACAGCUAUAAGCAAGUACCAGGCUCGCACAGGUGCAGGAGGCUGCUCUCGCGACAAGAGGUUCCUGAUAUUUGUUGAGGGACCAGCAGAUCCAUAUCUCUGGGCUCACACGCUCCCCAGGGCAUCACAUGGAAGGGUGGACCGGUUUCCUCACACCCCUUCACUGGCCUUUCUCUGUUCCUUUUUUGCCAAGCAGCCCUCUUUGCCUACGUGUUCAUUAAAUGUGUGUGGCAGGCGAUCCCACCACACUCCCUUGUGAAUAAACAUUGACCAAAGGCAACCUACACCCAAGAUACAUAGACCUAUAUAUAUAUAGAUCUAUAUAUCUCGAGACAUAUAGUUAUUUAUUUAUUUAUUUUGAAACACAUAGCUCUGAAAAAAAAAGAAUGCUCGUUUGAGCUCCACAGGAAGGAGUCACAGUGCAAUAUCUAGAAAGGCUAAGCAAUGCCUUUUGGGAGAAUGUAUGGAAGAGGGAAGAUAUGCGUGUGGACCUCUGUGUUCCCUGCUUGACAUGUUUGGUUGUAUGUAAAAACUAUGGAUGUUUGAAAAACCAAAAACUGGGCGUACUUUUGGAAGGUUUUCCUCGUUCCCUCGUUAAUUACUUCUCUUAACAACAGAGGUUGUACCAAGUAGGGUGGUAAUCUCUUUUCCUUCUGACGAUAGUUUAUAUUUCGAUAACAUAAUAUUUAAAAGAGGUCUGCCUCUCAGAGGCAAUCCAGUGAGGUGUCGUCUUCCGGUGAAAAUGCGGACACGUGCCCGUGGGCUUCGGUGGAUACAUAUCUCCUCAAACUUGUUUCAGAGAAUCUAAGGACUUUUAAUUUAUUAUUAUUUAUAGUAAUACUUGUAGAUAACGUAAGAUGGUUUUUUAAGAAAAAAAUAAACUUUUAAGCCUUUUCUUUCAGGCCAGUUUUGGAAAUAAAGCCUUGAUUUUUGAAGCCUGUGGUAUAAACGGCUGCUGUUGAUGGCACUGAAGCCAUUGCCUUAGAUCAGGUUUUUGUGAUGCCUCUUUCACAGGCUGUUAACUAGCAUCCCUCUUGUUGGACGACUUGUAUCCUUGGCUGGACACGCAGUGAUGCUACGCACUUCCACACUGUGUCUUUUUAUUGAACCACUCGAGGACUGAACUGUCUCAUGGGAAGGAGAUGAAGAAGGUGACAGACUAACAGUAAAAGACAGACCAUGAGAAGGCAUGAAGUUUAAUUUUGCAAACAUCCUGCAAUUGGAAAAGUUACUUUGCACAGUUGGUGCCUACUGGUCCAACCGGGGGGGAAGGGGAGGAGGGGGCGGGGAGCCUGCCUAAACUGAAUAAGAGACUCUUGUGUUGGCUAUUCCAGUUUAAAGAAUGGAAUAGAAUGUUACCAUAGAAAAAUAGUAAAUGUUCAUAUUUUCUUAAUUAGAUAUUAUAUCGUGUUUGGACUUGUUUGUAUUAUAAUAAAUUCUAAUAUGGU